AUGUUAGCCAGUGACAGUCCCGGGCUAGACACGGUAAAAGCCAACAGUGGAUUAUGGCUUGGAACAUUGGUAGGACUAAGCGCAGUCUUAACUAUACUAAAAGAAGAUGCUAGUUACUCUGAAAUUUGCCUCAUUACAGGCAUUACAGGUGUUGGUCUUGUUAUAAGUUCUCUAUGUUUGUAUUUACGACUGUCAACUGAAAAAGUCGUAGUCAGAGAUUUUCAAGCUAUAUAUUUUUUACCUGCUAUUAUAUCAUCAAUGUUAUAUCUUCUUAUAGCACAUAAAGGAUUACUAGUAAGCGUGAUAUGGGGCUUACAUGUUGGAAGUCUUGGUACAUGGGGUAUUAUUCAACUGAUGUCCAUUUUUCCUCGUUGCUUUACACUUGGAGAAGCAACCGCAGUUGUGCAUGGUUGCAUCUUAUUUAUAAUGUCCGCAGUGACAAACUUACCACUGCGGUGUCAUUUACCACCGAUACAUAAUGAUGACAUUGCUACAGUUUUCUUACAGGUUGCAAUUCUAUAUAUAAUAUUGGUGUGCUUAAUAUGUGGAUAUUUUCCGAUAUUUCGUGUAACCAAAUAUUUUUAUAUAACAAUAAUUACCCUCUUACUAAUGAUAUGUUUGCCGUUAAUGUACAUCAUAUUGGAUCAAAAUCCUAUAAUGUGGAUGCUGUCCUACAUAUUCAGUUCAGGACAUAGAAUUACUUUAAUUGGAUAUUGGGUUGUUUGUUUAUCAUUAGGUAUAAUUGCUGUUGCAUGUCAAAUCUUAUGGAAUUUUCAAGCAACAACUUCCAUCAGAAAAAUUUUUCAUAUACUAGCUGUACUUGUGUACAUACCUGGUUUAAUAUAUGAACAGACACUGUUAUACCUUGCUAGUGGUAUAAUAAUGGUAUUAUUUCUAUUUCUCGAGUUGAUGAGGUACUACAGAAUUCCACCUCUUGGUAAUGCAUUACAACAAGGAUUUUCUGUGUAUGUUGAUGAGAAAGAUAAUAUGAUUUCGUUGACACCUUUAUAUUUACUAUGUGGGCUGUCGUUUCCACUUUGGAUGCCAAGUAAUAAUGUUCGGCAGGUUGCUUUAUUUACUGGUGUUCUGACAAUCGGAAUAGGCGACUCUGCUGCUAGCUUUGUUGGUAGUAAAUGGGGUUUUCGUAAAUGGAGUGGUUUAAAUAAAUCCAUAGAAGGAACAAUUGCUUGCAUGUUCAGUCAAGUUGCAUUCAUAUGCAUUUUAAUAUUUAUGGGUUACAUAGAUAGAGGUUGGUUAAUUUUGAGAACACUGUUAUUAAGUGGUGUCGUAUCCUUUGUUGAAGCACAAACAAAUCAAGUUGACAAUUUAGCAUUACCUUUGUUGAUGUACAUGGGUCUAGCAGUUUAG